CAAGGAAUGACGUUAGAUAAAGAGUUAUAAAACAUCUUUCUCAGUUUAGUUAGUUUUUUUCUGUUGGGAUAAACAUAACCGAAGUUAGUUUUCUUUCCCCUAUUAAAUACUCUUAAUAUGAAGGCAGUUCUAUCAGACUAGUUUUUUUUUUUUAAAUAUAAAUAUUGCGUUUUACGGUUAAGUUUGCAGAAACUUCACAAAAUCAACAGUAUAUGUGAUCUACUACUAUCUGUGUAGGAAGACGUUAUUGCGCCAUUUGCGUUAGGUACGAAAGCCGUACGCUUAUGAUAUAAUGUACGCACCUGUAAACAUGAGCGAAACGUUAGAACAGCUGAAUCAGACAUACCUUGAUCAGAUGAAUGUGAGCACUCGGUUUCCUUGCAACAAGCUAGUAAAGAAAAACCUGAUGGAAUAUUACCCUGGGGUAGAGUUGGUGGCUGCUCAAGUUAUAAGUUCAAUGGGAAUGUUUGGUAGCAUGUUAGCAUCUUUUAUGGUACCAUAUUUCUGUGUUGCUCGCUGGCCAGAAACACUGCGUGGUCCCAGGUACCAACUGGCUCUCAGCCUAGCCAACUGUUUCUCGGGAGGAGUAUUUUUGGCAACAUUUUUUGUGGGCCUGCUCCCUGAAGUGCGAGAAAUGUUUGAAUUAGUCUUAGAGUUGAAGAGUAUCCACACAACUAUUCCUAUUACCGAGUGUAUGGUCUUUGUUGGGUUUGCCCUCGCUCUUCUUAUAGAGCAAGUAGUACUAGACUAUCAGGAAAACAAAACUUCCGAGCUUUCACCACCAUCUAAUGCCUACGUUAAUUUGGACAAGACGAACUGGGGCGACAGGCAAAAUAAUUCUGACUUGGACAGGUCAAAACGACUAUUAAAAAGCCAAAGUCAAGAGUCAUUGCUUUCUGUAGCUGGUCACUCCACAGAUGAGGAGGAUACGUAUUAUAAUACAAGAAUAACUCUAUCUAAUCGUAUUUGUGAGGUUUCUGGCGUUGAACCUGCUUCUUCUGAUCAAGAGACUCCCCCGUUGACCACAGGGAGACCUGGACAUACAACUAGCCACGGCCAUUCUCACGCAGACAUAGGCAAGCUAAUGCACCAAGAAUCGGGUGUCCGUUUUCUUUUGCUAGUUUUAUCUUUAACUGUCCACUCUAUUUUCGAGGGCUUAGCCUUAGGGCUGCAGACUAAUGUUGGCACCCUCCUUAACUUGUUCCUUGGAGUCGCUAUUCACGAAUUGCUAGUUGCGUUCUCAAUGGGGGUUAACGUCGCCCGUCUCAAGCUGUCACGUGGAGCCACCUUACGGUUCUCUGUCCUUUUUUCCGCUUCUAUUCCAACGGGGCAGAUAGUUGGCCUGUGUGUGGGUAGAAACCAAUCUAUCGGUGGACAAACUGUCAGUGCUGUUCUUCAAGCAAUUGCAGCUGGAACAUUCAUCCACGUGAUCUUUAUGGAAGUAAUUCCAUCCGAAUUUAAAGAUGGCGGCCAUCGGUUGAUUAAAGUUUUCGUCCUGUUUAUUGGUUUUUUGUUGUUAUUAGGCUGCACAAUAGUACUAAACGAAAGUAUUGGCCACACACACUAGUAAGCAUUUAACUUGUUUGUAAAAUUUGUUUGACCGUUAUCUUGUUAAAGGUCUUUAACUUUAAACCUAGGGAAGAGUCAAAAUGUCAUGUUGGAAUGAGGUAUGAUGUAAGAUCAAUAUUUUUUAACUGUAUUUAGUUGAAGUGUUUGGUAUCCAAUAAUGCAUUUUCGUAUAAAAAUACACGAUUUGGAUUCAAUAUGAAUAUUUAAAGCAACUUUAUAGGGUUUCACAGUUGUAAAUGCUUUUGAACGGAGGAAAUUGUAAUGCUGAAUAUAAUUAAAGGAC